GCGAUAAGAAAAGUUACCUUUGGGAAGAUGGUUAAGCGACUAAGUAAAGGGAAAGAAAAGAUAACAAAAUAAAGUACUGCGGAGGAAUUUUUUCCAUGCUGUGAGACGACGGAGUGAGAAGAGUGAAGGCGAUUGAGAGGGGCUCAGGGAAUUGUCCUCUGUGCAAGGGACUUUCUUUAGGCCCCAGGCCCCUGCCUGCCCCUAUCGUCAGCAGAGAGAUGGAAACCUUGAUGACUAGCUCCACCCUGCCACCCCUUUUUGCAGAUGAAGAUGGCUCUAAGGAGAGUAAUGAUCUGGCUACAACUGGGUUAACCCACCCAGAGGUUCCAUAUAGUGGUGGAGCCACAUCGUCCACCAACAAUCCAGAAUUUGUGGAGGAUCUCUCCCAGGGUCAGUUGCUUCAGAAUGAGGCCUCAAAUACAACAGAAGGCACUGAACAGAGGCAUGAAGAUGAGCAAAGAAGUAAGCGAGGAGGUUGGUCCAAAGGAAGAAAGAGGAAGAAACCUCUUCGAGACAGCAACGCACCCAAAUCCCCCCUUACAGGAUAUGUUCGGUUCAUGAACGAGCGUCGAGAACAGCUUCGAGCUAAGAGACCAGAAGUCCCAUUUCCAGAAAUCACAAGGAUGUUAGGCAAUGAAUGGAGUAAACUGCCUCCUGAGGAAAAACAGCGCUAUCUUGAUGAAGCAGACAGAGAUAAGGAGCGUUACAUGAAGGAACUGGAGCAGUAUCAGAAGACUGAGGCCUACAAGGUCUUCAGUAGGAAAACCCAGGACCGUCAGAAAGGCAAAUCUCAUAGGCAAGAUGCGGCCCGGCAGGCCACUCAUGAUCAUGAGAAAGAAACAGAGGUAAAGGAACGGUCUGUUUUUGACAUUCCUAUAUUUACAGAGGAAUUCCUGAACCACAGCAAAGCUCGGGAGGCAGAGCUCCGCCAGCUUCGGAAAUCCAACAUGGAGUUUGAGGAGAGGAAUGCAGCCCUGCAAAAGCACGUGGAGAGCAUGCGCACAGCAGUGGAGAAGCUGGAGGUGGAUGUGAUCCAGGAGCGGAGCCGCAACACCGUCUUACAGCAGCACCUGGAGACCCUGCGGCAGGUGCUGACCAGCAGCUUUGCCAGCAUGCCCUUGCCUGGAAGUGGAGAAACACCUACAGUGGACACCAUUGACUCAUAUAUGAACAGACUGCACAGUAUUAUUUUAGCUAAUCCCCAAGACAAUGAAAACUUCAUAGCUACAGUUCGAGAAGUUGUGAACAGGCUUGAUCGUUAGGGAAUGGUGAGUGCUCACUGAUGCAAUAUGUAUGUGCCAACACGUCAUCAAAAAUAAGAAGGCAGUAGACUUUCUCAAUGCUACAAAAACCCUGGCAUUACAUCAAAUAAAUGAGUUGGAGACUUGAUUAAAAUUACUGUUACAUGGUUACUAAAUGUAGUAAAUAAUGUUAGGAAAGAGUUCUUUCUCAUGCAUGCC